AUGUAUAAUAGUUUAUUCGAUGUGACACAAGAUCAAUGUAUAUGUGAAAUGAUAAAAGUGAAUGAUUCAAUAUCUGCUUUAAAUUAUUUUUCCACAAAUCAAACUUGUCAACUAUUUCGUUCAAAUAUUAGUACAAUUUAUAUUGAAUUUUAUUCCAAUUCUACUUUUGUAUUUCUCAAUCAAUCGUCAAUAUCAAUAUUAGAUAUUCAAGAAUAUGGUUCCACGAUUAUUCAACCAAAUAUAUCAACAGUUGCUGGUUUUUACAAUGGAUCCUGUCCAACGUCGAGUGCAAAUUUGACAGUUCUUCAUACUCAAGGGGGAAUAGCUGUUUCUAAUAACGGAACACUCUAUGUGGGUGAUGGAGCAUCUCCUUAUGCUCUUCUUGCUUUUGAGCCAAAUAAUCUUACAGCUAAAAAAAUAUUCACAUAUAGCAAUUGGCCAGCAUACCUAUCUAUUAAUCCUGUAACAUCGUCAAUAUACGCGACAGUAUUCAAUCAGAACUCCGUAGUAAUCUGGCCAUCAAAUCGAACUAUUCCUAAAAAUCCUUCAGCAAGCUGUUCUGAUGUGCUCCAUCUGUAUUAUCCAACUGGUAUUGUUAUUGAUUCUCUGGGCAAUAUUUAUGUCAGUAGCGUUGAGUGCAACUCGGUAACUAAAUGGAAUCCAAAUGGUACAAAUUCGACACUUGUAGCUGGAUCACUAUCAACAACAGUGGGCAGUGAUAGCGAACAUUUGUACUCCCCAUAUGGUUUAUUUUUUGACGAAAUAAAUUCAUUACUCUAUGUAGCCGAUGCUGGGAAUAAUCGCGUGCAAAGAUUCGCUUUGGGCAAUUUAACUGGUGUGACUGUUGCUGGAGGAAAUGGCCAAGGUACCGCAUCAAACCAACUUAACUUUCCAUCAGCCAUUCAUGUCUCUCAACGGGAUAAUUCAUAUUAUAUUUGUGACUACCACAAUAAUCGCAUACAAAAAUGGGUAAUAGGUGCAACAUAUGGUGUCACGAUUGCUGGAAGCAGCACAGGUGUAGCAGGCAGCACACUGAAUUUACUUAAUAGUCCAUAUGAUAUAUGGGUCGAUCCAAAUGCUACAUACAUGCUUAUAUCAGAUUCCAGUAAUUGUCGUGUGCAAAAAUACCUUCUUUAUUAA